CGGCUCCAUCCCGAAACGAGGGGGAUCCGCAUCCCGAACCGGCUCCAUCCCGAGCCACGGAGGAUCUGCAUCCCAAAACGAGGAGGAUCCGUAUCCCGAACCGGCUGCAUCCCGCACCGAGGGGAACCCGCAUCCUACGCCGGUCCCGAGCCAGGAGGCACUUGCAUCCCGCAUCCUGCUCCGCUCCUGAAGCGGGGGGACCCGAAUCCUGAACCGGCUGCAUCCCGGACCGAGGGGAACCCGCACCCUGCUCCGGUCCGGAGCCGCAAGGUACCUGCUUCCAGAAUCCCGGUCUGGUCCUGAACGGGCAGGGACUCCCCUCGUGCUCUGGUCCUGAACCGGGAGGGACCCGCGUCUUGCUCCGGUGGGAGGGAUCGGGAUCCCUGAAUGCCCUGAAUCGGGAGGAAUCUGCACCCCGGUGAAGCUGCAGCCGAGCCCGGGGGGACCCGCACCCCAAACCAGCUGUGCCCGAAUUGGGGGAGACCCGCACCCCAAACCAGUGAAGCCCUGACAUGGCCGGGCACCCCGUUCCAGCUGCACCCGGAGGCAGGAGGGAGCACCCGAAAGGGGCUGCACCCUGAACCAGAAAGGACCUGUGCCCUGGACCAGCCCUGCACCCCAAACUGGCUGCACCCUGAACCAGGAGGGACCUGCACUCCAGACCAGGUGUCUGCCCCAAACUUGUUGGCCCCUGACCCUGCUGUGCCCUCAACCAGGAGGGAACUGCACCCCAACCCUUCUGUGCCCUAAACCAGGAGGGAACUGCACCCCAAAACAUCUCUGCACCUUAAGCUGGAGAGAUCUGCAUCCCAAAACAUCUGUGUGUCCUGAACCAGGAGGGAUCUGGACCCUGACCCUGCUGUGCCCUGAACCAGGAGGGAUUUGGCACCCCAAAGCAUCUGUGGACUCUAAGCUGGAAGGGAUCUGCAUCCCAAAACAUCUGUGUGCCCUAAACCAGGAGGGAAUUGCACCCCAAUCCUACUGUGCCCUAAACCAGGAGGGACCUGCACCCCAAAGCAUCCCUGUGCCAUAAACCAGGAGGGAGCUGCCCCCCACACCACCCGCGUGCCGGGUCCGGCUCUGUGGGGCCACGAUGGACGACUCUCUGCCCGUGGAAGCGGAGCUGGAGCAGCAGUGGUUGUCCAACAGCUCCCUGAACGAGUCCCUGUCCAACCAGUUCGUGCAGCCCCCGUGGCAGGUGGCCCUGUGGGCCGUGGCCUACGCCCUGAUCGUGGUGGUGGCGGUGGUGGGCAACGUGGUGGUGAUGUGGAUCAUCCUGGCCCACAAGCGCAUGAGGACGGUCACCAACUACUUCCUGGUGAACCUGGCGUUUGCCGAGGCCUCCAUGGCCGCCUUCAACACCGUGGUGAACUUCACCUACGCCAUCCACAACGAGUGGUACUACGGGCUCUUCUACUGCCGCUUCCACAACUUCUUCCCCAUCGCUGCCGUCUUCGCCAGCAUCUACUCCAUGACGGCCAUCGCCCUGGACAGGUACAUGGCCAUCAUCCACCCCCUGCGGCCUCGGCUCUCGGCCCAGGCCACCAAGGUGGUGAUCGGGCUCAUCUGGCUGCUGGCAUUCCUGCUGGCAUUCCCACAGGGAUAUUAUUCCGUCAUGGCAGAGCUCCCGGGACGGUUGGUGUGCCUGGUGGAGUGGCCUGAGCCUGGCACACACCUGUAUGGAAAAACGUACCACUUCUGCAUGACCAUCCUGAUCUACUUCCUGCCCCUGCUGGUCAUAGGCUGUGCCUACACCGUGGUGGGACUCACCCUCUGGGCCAGCGAGAUCCCCGGGGACUCCUCCGACCGCUACCACGAGCAGGUCUCGGCCAAGCGGAAGGUGGUGAAGAUGAUGAUCAUCGUGGUGUGCACCUUCGCGCUCUGCUGGCUGCCCUACCACAUCUACUUCACCCUGCAGUACUUCCACCCAGAGUGGUACUUCCAGAAGUUCAUCCAGCAGGUCUACCUGGCCAUCAUGUGGCUGGCCAUGAGCUCCACCAUGUACAACCCCAUCAUCUACUGCUGCCUCAACGACAGGUUCCGCGUGGGCUUCAAACACGCCUUCCGCUGGUGCCCCCUGGUCAGCGCGGGCGAGUACGAGGGGCUGGAGCUGAAGUCAGCCCGGUACCUGCAGACCCAGAGCAGCGUCUACAAGGCCAGCAGGAUGGAGACCACCGUGUCCCUGGCCGUGGGGGCGGCGGAGGAGGAGCUGGAGGAGCCCUGCAGGGCCAAGCGCCUCUCCAUAGACGGCACCUCCAACGGCUCCUCCCGCAGCGACUCCAAAACCGUCUCCGAGAGCUUCAGCUUCUACUCCAACACCCUCACCUGAGGGGCUCCCCGGCUCCUACAGCUGCUCCUGAGGUGCCACCAACCCCCCCUGCCCUCGCUGGGACGCUCCAGGGCUCCUCUCCGUGGCCCUGGUUUGUGAUGUGCUGGUGUUUUCUGUGAUGUUUCGUCGUCUCCCACUCGCUCGCCGUCCCCGGGCGAGCCCAGCGGGGGAAGCUUUGGAUUAGUCCCGUGUGUUCCGUGUGGAGAGGCUGCAGGAAUGGGACAGAGCCGGCUUUUCCUCCAAACCUGUGAUUGCAGCUUGGCAGGAGCUUCCCCUGUUCUCAGCAAGGGUCUCCCAGUGUCCCUCUGGAAAAUGAGCCUGCCCUGCGCUUUGCCCCUUCCCGCCUUUCAUUUCGUUCUCCCUGUCACUCCCCAGUUGGAUAUCCGGGGGGAUAUUUAGUCCCAAAAUCCAGGAGAAAUGUUGCUCUCGACAUCAGGAGCCUGGACACCCAUUGGGAAUCACCAACCAGCUGGAGCUUCAGUCGGAUCCAGGAUUUUCCACGUGGUCUUGGCUCUUCUCCAGCACCCUCAUGGAUGGUCUUCCCGCUGCCUCUCCAACCACAGCUCACCCAGCAGGGCUCUCCCAAAGGAUUCCUGACCUAAGCCAGGCUUUGGUUGCUCUUAAUCAACCACAUGUGCCAAAAAAAACGAUCACUGUGACUUCCUAGAAAGCCCAAGGCGACGCUCCUUGGACAGAUCCUGGAAUCCUGUGGAGCUCUGGAAAAGGAGAGGCCACACUGAAAUGUUUUUUCACACCCUGGAAACAGAUCCCGCCACAAGAACGAGGUUUGAAGGGAGGUGAAGAAUUUUGCAGCCUCUUUUUAUUCAGAGGAGGGUGAAAUGAUUCGCUUCCCCCUUCUGGAUUUCAUUUAAUCAGGGAAUUUGGUUUGUGGUUUGUUGUUUUUUUUUUUUCCUGUUGCAGAAAACAUGAAGUUUAUGAUGUGUGCAUGGAUAUAUGGAGUAUUUUAGUCCUGCUCAGAUGGAUAAUUUUCCCCUGGGGCUGCUCAAGGGCUCCUUUGGUCAUCAAAUGAAUGAACAAACCCUCAGAGAGGGGAGAAAAAAGCAAAUAAAAUGAGACGUGGACAAAUGCGGCUUGUUGGGGACAAACCCACAAGUCUGGGGGUGAUCUGGGGGUAAUUUGCUCCUGGUUGAUGGUCCAAUCCCUCAUUUUUGGUGUAAAAAUCAGGCUCCUCAAUGGAUUCACUGAAGGAAUGAGAGAUGAACAGUGGAGAGACACCCAGGGCAAGGAAAGGUUAUUUUCGAGCAGCUGAACAUCAGACCCUGCUGAGCACCCAGAGGUCCCUGGGAGUAAAAAAAGGAAUGACUUUGGGGGCUUUUCAGCUCCUCAGGCUCCAAACUGGCUGUUGGAAGAGGCAGUCCUGGAUAAAUCCCAGCCAGGAGCAACAAAAGGGGAUUGACAGGAAUGAUCCUUCUUUUUACCCCAAGUCCUGCCAAGUGCCCUUAGAGGAAGAGCCCUUCCCCCCUCUUCCCAACCACAGCCUGCUCCUGGAAUACACUUUCCCUCCUUAAAUUCUUAAUUCUUGUCGCCUUAAGACACAUUCCCGUGUCUCUGCCUCCCAAAAUCCGGGAUCCUGGAGCAGGGGAAUGGCAGGACCCCACCUGGGGGGUUUUCCAUAACUCCACCAGUCCCAGGAGCGGCAGUUGAAGCUUCCAAGGGUUUUAACUCCAGGGAUGGACAAGGAAACCUUUCCCAUCCACUCCACAGGAGCCAAUACACGAGAAGGUGCUACAAGCCAGAGCCAAAAUCUGUUUUAUUUCCAGCUGCCAACCCAAAUUCACAGUUUAAUGACACCAAAUAUCUCCACAUGGUCCAGAAAGGGGAAUAAAGCAAGUGGAGAUCGGCUCAACCCCCUCAAGAGAGUUUGUGUUGGAUUUUGAGCCUCCAGAAGUCCGAAUUUAUAGAAAAAACCCAUAAAUAUCUCUCUGUAUGUGUAUAUUUAGAUAUUUAUAACCACCCUGCCCUUUUGGCCUCCGUGUUUUACGCCCCAAGGAUGAUUUCUGAGAUGAUCAGGAGAUGACAAGUGUCCUCUCACAGGCAAGGCUCAGCCUGAGACGUGGGACAACCCCAGGGAGCGAGGGGAAGAUUCGAUUCAAACAGACAAUUCACAGCCUGAAAUCCCUCCUGGGCACCUUGUACCCCUUGAAAUACAGCGGGAAAAAUUCCCACCUGUUGUAAAUAGCGUUGAUGGUCCCAGUGGAGCCUGACCAGGAUGAUGGGAAUGUGGCAGGGAGCGCCCAAGAGCUGGAGAUCCAAAAUCUUUGGUAGGAAAACCAAAAUGUUGUGUGGAAAUGGGUACAACACCCAAACCUGAGUCUUCCUUUCCCCCCUCCAAUGCCAAGUUGUUUGCUGGUGGAGGCAGGAACAGGGACAAGGAUCACUUUUGGGAUCUUGGCCAUCCCAAGGCAGGAUGUUUGGUCCAUGUCCACUCGUGUGACAAACAUGGAAUGGUUUGGGUUGGAAGGGACCUCAAAGUCCAUCCCAUUCCACCCCCUGCCAUGGGCAGGGACACCUUCCACCAGCCCAGGUUGCUCCAACCUGGCCUUGGACACUCCCAGGGAUCCAGGGGCAGCCACAGCUUCUCUGGAAAUUCCAUCCCAGCCCCUCAACUCCCUCACAGCCAAAAAUCCCAAUAUCCCAUCUGUUCCUGCCCUCUGACAGUGGGAAGCCAUUCCCUGUGUCCUGUCCCUCCAUCCCUUGUCCCCAGUCCCUCUCCAGCUCUCCUGGAGCCCCUUUAGGCCCUGGAAGGGGCUUUCAAAUCUCUCUGAAUCCUUCUCUCCUCCCCAGCUCUCCCAGCCUGGCUCCAACCCUUGGAACAUCCCCAGGCAAUGUUUUCACCACCCUUGGGAUGUUCUGUGCAUGAAAAAAAAAAAAACCAACAAACAAACCCACAGAAAAGUCUUUUGAAGACUGAAAAGCCUGAACCAAGAUACCCCUUCCCAGACUUUGGGAUGGGACAUCCAAACCCACCUCUCUAAACCCCAAAUCCCAGCCUAAAGCCACCUAAGUCACUGAUUACAAACUCAGCUUUGCACCCUGGAAUUGCUCUUCCCACUCAUCAGCAACACAGAGCAGUAAAUGCCCAUCCCCAGCUCCAAACCACAACAUUCCCAGCCCAUUUCAGGUGCAACCUUUUACCCCCCACCAGCAGAACCCAACCCACAGCCCGUCGUGGGUGUUUUGUCAGAGAAAUCCGGGCAGCUUCGGGAGUGGAAGCCGAGCACGUGAUUCCCAUUGUUUGGAAUUUGGAUUCCCAUUGUUUGGAAUUCCUCACGGGAUUGCCGGUGGACACAGAAUAAAACAAACAACCUGCCCCACCCGCCUCUUCUCUUGAUUGUUAUUUUUAUUUUGCUGCCCCUCCCCGUCUGCCCGCGGGGGUGGGAGAGGAGUAUCCGUUGUUUACCGAGCUUUUCCCCAGGGAUGUCCUGGAUUUGGGGUGGGUUUAUCUCGCUGUGUCCUUGCCAGAGCCCUCCUGGGUGAGGUCACACAACCCCAAAGCCCAGCCCAGGAGCCCCUGGAGUUUAUUUCUUAUUAAAAUAAUAAUAAUAAUAAUAAUUAUUUAAAUAAACCCGACCUUUCAGCCUUCAGGAAUUGACCCAAAGUGGUUGCUUCAUUCUGGGGUUUGUCAUAAAUCUCCCAUCCUGGCCCACCCCAAAAAAAACCUGUUUCCAGCUGAAUAAUUAAUCCAGUCCUAAUAAUGCAAAUAGACCCUUUUGCUGUGGUUUAUCCACCCCAAAUCCCACCUCUGCUGGAAGAGAAAUCACAGUCAUGGAUUAAACUGUCCAGGAGAGGGACAGGGAGACCCCAGGGCAGCUGAGCAGGAGGGACCACUCUGGGAUGUCUCUGCCUUUCAAAUUUCCAUCCCAAAAGGGACUCUUGAUCCUGUGCAACUUCAAAUUUCCAUCCCAAAAGAGGUUCUGAUCCUGUGCAACUUCAAAUUUCCAUCUCCAAAGGGAUCCUGGGCCUGUGCAACUUCAAACUUCCACCCCAAAAGAGAUCCUAACCCUGUGCAACCUCAAAUAUCCAUCCCAAAACAAGUCCUAAUCCUGUGCAACUUCAAAUGUCCAUCCCCAAAGGGCUCCUGAUCCUAUGAAGUGAUCCAGGAGGGUUGUGAGAGGACGGGAUGGGAUGUGGAGUCCCUCAGGAGGUUGGAAUUUGCUGUGUGGGGGCCUCUGGAAGGAGGUUUUGGGGGAAAGUUCUGCCCAUUGCAGCAUCUCCACGGGAGGAAAAUGUCCCCA